CGGUCGUCGGGCCAGCGAUGGCGGCUCCAGAGCAACCGGAGGCUGAGAUAGAGGAGGCUGGACAGGUGUUCCUUUUGAUGAAGAAGGACUAUCGAAUUUCACGUAAUGUGCGACUAGCCUGGUUUCUUGGUCGUUUGCAUCAGGUUAUCUGCUCAAUGUCUGAAUCUGAAUUGGUAAAGUCAGACAGUGAGUUAGAUAUUCUCAGCAUCCUGCCAAACAGCUGGCAACCUGAUGAGCCUUUACAAGCUAAGCCGUACCUCCUAGUGCCUUCAACACAUGUCACUUUCCUUGCACACCGGUACCGUUUUGUGAUUGAACUGGAUUUGAGUCCAUCUACAGGGAUUGUAGAUGAUUCUCCUGGGGAGAUAAUUUUUGAUGAAGUGUUCUAUGCUCUCUCAAGGUGUUUAGGAGGAUUGUUAAAACCCUUUAGAAUCCCAGGUUCUGAUAUUUUAUUUCAACCUGAGAUUUUCAUCACUAUUCAAGCAUAUUCUUCUAUCAUUAGCUUACAGAUGCAUCAGGUGCUAUUCCAAGGUUGCCUGUCGAAUGGAACAAAGACAGAAACCUUUUUGAAUCAGGUUUAUACACAGUUGUGCGCCUUUGAAAACAAAGUGGCUGAGAUGCUCCAACACCAAUAUGAAGCCAAAACUCAGGCGGACUUGUCAUCCCUUAACCAGGAGCAUGUUUGUGACACUCAGGAAAUGCCAGGGAAGAAGUUGGGGGUUUCAAUGGUUACAGCUGAUGUUGGACUUGUCAGUAUGAUUCGACAGGGAAUUUUGGCAUUGCAGCUUCUUCCUUCCAAUUCCACUGCAGGGAUCAUUGUGAUCACAGAUGGUGUCACCAGUGUGCCAGAUGUAGCAGUCUGUGAGACUCUGCUCAAUCAACUACGCAGUGGGACUGUGGCCUGCUCUUUUAUUCAGGUGGGAGGAGUCUAUUCUUAUGAUUGCAGUUUUGGUCAUGUUCCUAAUGUUGAGCUCAUGAAGUUCAUUGCAAUGGCGACAUUUGGCACAUAUCUUUCCACAUGUCCUGAAGUUGAGCCUUCUAGUUUAGACAUGAACGUCUACCAUAAAGCUUUUCUCCCGUAUUCCUUUCUGCGCAGUGGGGAAUCCUUGAAUCCUGAAUAUUACUGUGUGUCCCAGCACAGAUUAUUCAAUGAACAUCUUGUUUCUGCAAGCAGCAACCCAGCCCUUGCCUUGAGGCGAAAGAAGCAUGCAGAAAAGGAGGUCCAUGCUGAUCUUAUUAGUAUAGUCUCUGUGCGGCUACGAGAAGGCUAUAGUAUCCGUGAGGUCAAUAUUACAAAAGGUGGUACUCAACUGGAAGUGAAGCUCAUCUUGCUAUGGAAGCACAAUAUGAGAAUUGAGUAUUUGGCAGUGGCCCCCUGGCCCCUUGAUCCUUUGAAACGUAGCACAUGGGUGGAAGUGACUAUGGAGGGCAGCUAUGACAUUUUGCACGACAUCAGUUGCACUGUACGGAAGCCCAUCACCAGCCUCUAUCGCACCACUGUGAUACGCCGCUUCUGGAACACCCUGCAAAGUAUCAACCAAACUGACCAGAUGCUGGUUCAUCUGCAGUCAUUUGACAGCGUCCCAGAGCAUUUCACCAUUCCUGAAAGCACUCGAAAUGGAGUGCCACUGUUCUAUAUUCCUCCAGGAUCUACUACACCGGUCCUGUCCUUGCAGCACAGUAGCUCAGACUCCAGUCACUCACAGUUUGCAGCCUACUGGAAACCCAUCCUGUCGAUGGAUGCCAAUCUCUGGCAGAGGUGGUUGCACAUGCACCGCAUUGUUAUUCUGCUGGAACAUGACAUGCCAGUCCCAAAGCAUUUACACACCCCCGGAAACAAUGGUCGUUACAGCACCAUCCAGUGUCGCAUUUCCCAUUCAGCUCUGACUUCUUUGCUGCGUGACUGGAGUAGUUUUGUGCUGGUAGAAGGCUACUCUUAUGUCAAGCUCAUGCACAGCUCUGAAGAUCUGCCUCCUUUUUCAUUUUACGUGGUGAGAAUUAUUUCUAAGGCUCCCUGCAUGGUUCUGAGGCUGGGUUUCCCCAUUGGGACACUUGCAAAACUCAGGAAUAAAAUAGUAGAAGAACUGAGAGACUGUAUCCUUCAGUUACGUUUCCCCCACAGAGUACAGAGCAAAGAGGCAACUCCAAAAGUAAAGCGAAAGGUCCUUGGCAGCAGUUCUCCAUCAAAAUCAUCUUGUUUGCCUAUGGCCCAGCCACCCCUCUCAGACAGACCUUGCCUUAUAGUAUUGCAUAAACCUCUGGAAAAACUCCUUAUCAGAUAUGAAAAGCUGCCCUCUGAUUACCAUGUUCCAUGUCUUUUACCCUUGGAGAAUCCUCCCAUGUCAGGUCCACUUACUAUGGUGGCCAACCGCACAGCUUCCUCUACCCUGGCCUCCUUAUCUCGCUAUUUUUAUCAUCAACGCUGGAUCUGGUGUGUACAAUCAGGGCUGGUCCCGGCAGUGCCCAUCACAGCUGUGGCCCAACUACUGUCCACUCUCACUGAGAUACGCUUGUCCGAAGGCUUCCAUUUUGCUUCCAGUGGUGAAGGGAUUGUCAGUAUGGUCCAAGAAUUACCUAUGAAGAGUGACUCCACAAGAGUGAGUGGCAAUGAGAAGCACACCUGCAUUGUUCAAUAUGUGAUAUUCCCGCCACAUGCUACAUCUACCAAAGAUAGACUCUGGAUCACCCCAUUUCUCUCCAAAAUGAGCAGAAAUGAAUACCUAUUUCUUUGUACUUAUGGACGAGCACUCCAUAGGCCUCCUGAGCUUGAAGUAUACCUUUGGGUAAUCUUUGCCAAAGACCCACAGCUGUGUUUCUCUAGAACCUGAAAUUAAUCAAUGUGCUUUUAAAAUGAUAUCAUCAUUGAAUUCAUGUAUAAAAUUGUUGAUUGAGCU